GCAACGUCACCAUCACCUUGGCUACAGGAUCCUGUCUUGGUGAAGGCCGGGUAGAGUUCGGGGGGAGAGAGGCAGGCAAACCGUGUCAGGCAUCCCACAUCCUGAGUAGGCCUACUGUAUGCACUCACAGAUCAAGUUCCACAUGCAAGUGCUAGGUUUCUCCAUUCAGCUGUUACUCAUUCCAUCCAGUUGCCAAGAAUGUGAACUUCAUGAGAAGAAACAGGUUCCAUCACUGUCCAGGGAUCAGAGUCAAAUGCUCCAAGAUCGGUGCAGUGAGCAGUCAUGGACACUUCUGGCAGCAAGUUACAGCAGAAGGCUCUGCAGCAACCUAAGCAGAAGAAAUCCAAGUCGGCUGAAUUUCUGAUGGGCGGAAUGGAGGAGAGUGCUGUGGUGGAAGGCAUUGAAAACCCUGUAUUCGAUGGCAGCUACAGCACAGAGCUUUCAGCUUCUCAGGCUUCAGCAGGGAGAGAAAUUCAACGUGACAGGCAAGAUAGCACCCUUGCAGCUCACCAACAAAAAAUGGAGCUGCGAGCCCCUGCCAAACCAAGAGGAAAUGAGCGUGCCCGAAAUUACUUUGACCCAGCGCUGGUGCAGGAAACCAACCCAAGGCGGUGCGGGAUGGCGGAGGUCGGCACAGAAGAUGAGCUGGAAUUAAAAAUAAUGAACCAAGAUGAAAAGGGCCUAUAUCAGAAAAUGGCUGAAAUGCUGGACGCUGACGACGACAUAACCAUCAUAGAGUUACCAGGUAUGGCGCUAGCCCACAGGGAGGAGGAAGAGGUGUGGAAGGUGAGGGCCGGUGAUCCAACGCUGCGUGUCGGUGCCGGUGCUGCAGGCCGUGGGCGCUUCAUGGCGGCAGUGGAAGAAGGGGAAGAAGAGGUGAUCCCCCGCUAUGCUCAGCAGCUAAGGGAGCGCAUGCUGCCUGACAUGAUCACGCUUGGCAGCCUUUCACUGGAACAGGAACCCCAGGCCCAGUCACACAGAGACUGUGACCAACAGGAGAGGAUACUGCAAGACAGGCUGUAUGCAGCGUUCCAACGCGCAGAGAGCCAGUUGCUGAAGGCGCUGAGGGAGCGCAAAGGUGAAGUGAUCGCCAAAUACGGCGAGAUGACAGAAGCCUCCUCCGCAGCAGAAUCACCGUGGGCCAGGGAGCCAGGCCUCGGCUGGCAGGUGGAGUGGUCGCAGAGUCCCCAGCCCAUGGAAGUGCGUGUGCGCUGCCUACGGGCAGUCAGGGACAAGCUGCCCAGGGGCCUUUACAGCCUCAGUGUGGCCCUCCACAGCCGUCUGGGAGGCCCCGCCCUCACCUGGUCCUGUCUGAAGGAGGAGCAGUGGGCUGGGACCACAGAGCCUGUGGAGCACGGGGGCCACUUCUACGACACAGAGCUGCACGUCAACCAGAGCCUGUUCACUAUCCUGCCUGCGUCGUGUGACAUGCUGCCCUCCAUGGUCCUGCUGUUCAGGCUGCUGGGCCUGACGGGGGAGCGGAGCCCGGUCGGCACCACACUGGGCUGGGCCGCCUUCCCUGUCUGCCACGCCACCCUCACAACUGUCCAGGGGCGCUUCAAGACCCCCAUCCUCAGGGGGCUCCCGCACCCCCACCUCGACCAGUUCCGCAAGAUAGAAGGCCUUAUGUCAGCCGACCUGGACAACUGGCUGUGUAACCUGUACUUCCAGGUGAGGAAGCUCCCCAGUGGCAGCUCCAGAAGGGAUGAGGAGCACAGUGUCACCCUGCAGAUCCCUCCUCUCCUCGUCCCCCCUUCGCCCCCCCAGGCAGGCCCAAGCGGCACCAGCCCCAGCCGGGGGAGAGGCGGCAUCAAGCCGUGUCACCGGGGGUCCCCUCUCCACCUGUCUGCCUCACACUCCUCCUCUGCCUGCUCCUCCUCCACUCUGCCAGGUAGGGCUCCCCCACCGUCACCCCCAUCACCCCCUACUGCCAGCGGCCACAGUGGGGGACAAAUUUCACCUAAUGUCACAGAAAGAGUGGCAGGUCUCCAUGGCUGUCAAAGGAGGUCAGGCAACAUCCUGGCCAACGGAAGUGUCCCCGACAAGAGCAUUCUGGGAGAUUUAUGUUCUGCCACACAGGCAAAGUACCAGUCCUCCACACCAACCUCCUCCACUCUACGAAAAGAAAGAGGGGGGAACAACAGAGAAAAUUCAGGUGAGGAGGUGGCUGGAGAAGAAGUGAACCUGAUCCGUACCUUGAGUAACGGAUCAAAAGGUGUCCCUCACAGCACCUCGCGGAGGCCCGUUAAGGCACCGCUCCGGAAGAACUCCACAGUAGUGGUCCCUGAGAAAAUAGAGGAGAUGAGAGAUCCCUACACAGAGAAAGCAGAGACAUGGAUGCACUACAAGAAGAAGCCAAUCAACAAGAUAAAUAGCUCGAGCGCCCAUGUGAGAGGGAGCGCGGCACCUCCACCGCUUCUGCAGGGCCAGGCUGACAAACAGGAGACAGCAGCUCCGGCUGCAGCAUCAUCGGAGAAGAGGGAGAAUCUCUGGGCUAAGGAGAUGGAGGAGUAUACGUUCUCCCUACAGCCUGUGCUCUCCUACAGAGGGCCGGGUGGUGGCGGCACCGGCAGUGGUAGCAAUGGUGGGGCUGCUGAGCGUACACAUUUGGCUCUCCGCAUGAUCCCGUCAGAGCUGGGCCUGUCACCGCGGCGCUGGGGCUGGCGCUCCUCCUCAGCAGCAGCAGCAGCACAGCUCUGCCUCAUUAUGCCGCUCCUGGCUUUGAUCUGGUUUGCAAGGCUCUACCUGCAUUACUGCAGCCAGUGGCUCUUCCUCCAGGCCAUCGCAGUUCCUGUCAACAAAUUCCAGUUCCAUGCUCACACCGUGGAGCUGGUCUACCAGAAUUCCUUGCUUCAUACCCGCGAGGAGUUGGCUAUGGUCGUGGUGGGACCUCUGACCUUGAACGCCGUAACGUUGCUGCUGCUCCUGAUCAGAUGGGGCUGUCAGCUAGCGUUUGGCUCACUCCCCUCCUUCACGUCAAACUUUAUCAUGGCUUUGGGAGUGUGGACAGUGCUGGACCCGCUGGCGGUCUUUGUAGUGGAUGCCGUCCUGGGGCGUCUGUCCUACAGUGCAGAGUCUCCUGUUGCGGAUGCAGCCAAGCUCUACUGGCACUUCUACCGGACCGACCAAUCAGGGGCAGCUGGAGUGGUCAUCACCCUCUUCCUCUAUGCCAUCCUCUUCCUCCUCUCCACCACCAUCCUCUACCUCUACUUCCUCAGACUCCACAACGAGGGGCGCAUGCUGGACAUCUUCCAGCGUCUCAGCGUGACCGAGGGAUCCUUCUUCGUCCCCCGGGACCUGGAGGUGUCCAACCAGGAACUAGACUACAUCAUCCAGAAGGCCGAGCAGUGGAGGGGCUUCAACGGAGAAAGACGCAAGGUGUCAGUGUAUGACUACAUCUGGACUGAGGAGGGCCCCUUGGCGGGCUGUGCCCCCCCCAGGGGUGACCCUCGUGGGGCUGUGCCCGCUGCAGGGGGCGAGAGCAGUACCCACGUGUCUGUCUACACCCUCUACCUGAGCGGGCAGCGCCACCGUUACAGGCACUUCCUACGCCAGCCGGACGGUGCCAUCCUGGAGGUGAUUGGUGACAUGGACGGGGCAGAGCCUCCUCUCAGCACUAUGCCCCGCCCAGGUCAGAGGACACCAGAGGUGAACCAGGAAGACGAAGGCACAAGCUCCACCCUCCAACUCAGGGAGAGGAAAAGGAGGAAGCCUGUUUGGCGUACUCAUCGCGUUGAGCCAGUAGGAGACAGUGGGCAUGGCUCGAGCUGCACUGCAAGGCCUUAGCCACUAAUGUCACUGUGAAGUGAAACAAAGCAGGAGAGGACACCCAGAAACCUCGACCUGUGUGGCGUGAAGGCGGAAAAAAACACAACAAACAAGACAAAUGGGUAUUUAUUUGACUAAAAUAACGCCUUGGCCAUAAAGAGAAAUGAGGAAUGAUGUGUCAUAUUUGUGCUCUGGUUAAAAGAUUACUUGUUUCAUUGGACAUUGAAAUUUCAUGAAUAUAUUUCCAAAUGCCUGGAAAAAGAGAAUUCAUCAUUAAGUUUGUGCGGGCUAUAAUGUCACGUUAGGGAUUAUUCAAUUUCCUAAUGUAUUGUGCAUGUCACUAUGGCUAGUGAUGCAUACCUUCCUGUGCCCCUUGAGAGGGAAGGUGUGGGGUGUACAUUACUGGUUGGCAAAGAUGGAUGCCAGAGUUUUGGGCCUCAUCAUAAAACUACUUAAGACAUAAAACUACUCCUAAUCCUAACUAUGUUGACCUCAACAUUUCUUCAACUUAGACUGUCUCCCUAAAUAUUACUGUUCUUAACCACGACUUUCCCAACUAGGACUUUUCUGUUUGCGGAGAACGGCCGCUGGAUCCUAAUGGCUGAAUGUCUUCAGCACAGAGUCAUCUGGAGAGACAAGGCACAGCGGCU